AAACCAGCGGGAAUAUUACGAUAAAGAUCAACUGCUCCUUCAUUCUGUGCCGCUUGAGCUCCAUUUUUAUAGAUAAGAUAACUCAAUGUCUUUCUCUCUCUGUAACGUCUCAACUUUCAACUUCAAUUCCUUUACAACUCUUCCAUUCCUUUUUUAACCCACUUCUUCAGUCAGCUUCUUGAUUCCAAAACUAAUACCCCCUUCUUCUUUUUUCAUUUUCUUGAAUGCAAGUUCUUGGAUUCACCACUGUUAUUCUUUUCUUUGUUUGAUCUUUACAUCGUCGAACCAAAACAGAGUAUUUAUGGUGCCCUGUUUACUCUGUUUUGCAUACUCAACCAUGUUUGACUUCCUGAGAUCCAAAUUCUACAAGAAAACAAAAUCAUUGUUGAAGCUUUCAAAGAAGACGCUGGAGGCGGCGAAGAAGAAGAGAUUUGCGGCGCAUAAAUAUUUGAAGAAUGAUCUUGCUGAACUUCUCAGAAAUGGGUUUGAUUUAAAGGCAUAUGGCAGGGUUGAAGGGCUUCUAGCAGAGCAAAACAUGGCAUUCUGCUACGAGUACUUGGAGCAGUGCAAUUCGACCAUCUAUGACCAGCUCUCAAACAUGGAGAAUCAGAGAGGAUGCCCCAGUGAAUGCAGAGAAGCUGUUGCAACUCUAAUAGAUGCUGCAGCCAGAUUUGCCGACUUGCCAGAAGCACGAAAACUCAGGACUGUGUUUUCUGAAAGAUACGGGAGUUUCUUUGCAAAUUUUGUCAGUAAAGAGUUUGUUGCAAGGUUAAGCACGGAGCCUCCCUCACAGGAGAGGAAGAUCCAGAUAAUGGAGGACGUAGCACAAGAAUUCUCCAUUCCGUGGGAUCCUCGGUUUUUAAGAGAGCAGUUGUUUAAACCGGCACCAGCAGUACAAGAGAAGCCUGAUGUGCCAACAUCUAACAGAGGGAACGAUGCCCCUUAUGAUAGGUACAAUAUGCCUAGUAGUAGUGAAGAUGAAGUUGUUUCGAAUCAUAGAAGAAGAGACAGUGGCAUCAGCCAAGAUAGCCGUCAGGCUGGUUCAAGUCCAUCAGGAAGUUCUCUUUCUGAAGACGAAGUUGAUAGCAGAAAGGCGAAUCAGUAUGGACUUAUCCCUCCCCCUUAUGUCAAACAGAACAAUGUUAAGGGAGGAGGCAAUGUAGAGGAACCCAUGAGAUCAAAUGACCCUCCUAUUACGAAAAGCAAUGAGGCCAGACAUAGAAAGGCGAAAUCUGAGGUGCCUGCUUCAUCAGCCAGAGUUUCAUCUAUGUCACCGGAAACAAAUGAUAAUUACGAAUCAAUGAAAAAGCAUCGUCGAGCCAACUCUUUGCAGCCGGGGAUGCUGCCAGGUCAUGUGCAUCCAAAGCUGCCGGAUUAUGAUGACUUGUUGGCAAGGCUGGCACCCCUUAGAGGGCGACAAAGUGACUAGCAUUGGAGGCUUAAAAGUUAACUAGUUUGGGUUGGUUUGUAUUGUAUCAUAUAAAGAUCGAUUCAUUCUUUGUGCUUGUAUUGCUUUGUUGAUUGAUUCAUCUUCUGGAUGAAAGUUGCAAGUGAA